UUUUAGUUUCCCAACGGAAAAUGCUUCCGUUUUUCUUCUAAUACCUAUUCUCAACUUAAAUCACUAAAAACAGACGUAUCUAUCAAAUCUCUAUUUUGCACCAUUUUUAACAAAAAUUUCUGCACUCGAAAAACCAAAAUGCCUGUUAAAAAAAUCGUUAAAUCAGUUUUUAAAUACAUCCAUAGAUUAAGAAAAAAUAAAAGUGAUGCCAUUAGAUACGUUAAAAUUUAAGUAACAUUUGUGUCAAUGUUUUAGAGUACUUUGUUGAAACUAUUUAAGGUUGAUUAAAUUCGUGUAUUUAGGCAAUUUAGUGAAAAUUAUUUAUCCGCAUGGAAUUUUAAGGGUAAGUUGUGAAUCAACGAUAAUAUGAAUUGGGGAUACGGAAAUAAUAACGAACGAAAUUGUUCAAAUAAAAUAAAUUUUGGGAAAAAUAGAUUAUGCAUGUUAUUCGGCUAUUAAUAUUAAACAUUCUUAUUAUUAAAAAAUUUAAACCGAAAAUUGCGCAUGCACAGUUACCAAAUAAUUAACUUAUGAAUUGUUCAUAACAUCAAUGGUCUUUCCACGUCCUGGAAAAAUGCUUCAAACUUCGAUUGACCAAUAAAAAUAUCAUAGAAUAGAAAUGACCUCAACUAAAUAAUAAAUGUACUAACCUACCGAUGAUCAUUAUAAAAAAGUGUCUAAUCUAGUCCAUGCAACUUAUUCAAGGGCGUAUCGAAAAUAAGAUCGAAACUACAGGAGACAAACGUUCUUGUCUUAAAGCUUUAGAAUUUAUAUUUCAAGUAAAUUAUAUACGGGGUCUGCAGAAAUUCUCAUUUCAAACUACUUUAAACUUUAAACGUUUACUUUAAACUUCUGUCACAAACGUUCAAAAAAAAGCAACGAGUGUUCUUGAAAAAAGGCAUCUCUAGAUAUGCAGUCAGUCUACUUUAAUAAAUAAUGGAUUUUUCGCAGAAAUCACGCGUUUCGACCUAACUUCAGUCUUUACCAAAAUAUAACUUGACUCUAUGAAUAUCAAAAUAUAGUCUAUUUUAACCAUAUGAAGAAUCUUUUUUUUAAACUGUCGAAAUUAAAAUUUAAAAAAAUUUAAUAUAGACUUAAUUCGUCUAUGUAUCUCCUUAAUUUCGAUGUGUUUUCUCGCGCUUCUUCCCACUGCAUUAGAACUUCAUCUCCACCUUUACAUCUUAGACAAUAAACAUCUGAUACCCAUCGUCUUAAGGUCCUCUCCAUAUUCCAUUGGCAGAGACUUUUUAAGAAUCUUUGCGUUUUAAAUUUUUAUAUUCUUCAAUAUUUUACAGUUUGUUAAUGCUAAUACUCAGAUCCCGGGAAGAAAAUCAAUUGACUACUAGAUAAAAAGGAGAUGACCAAAAGUGCUAAAACUACAGAGCAAUACGCUUAUCGUCAGUUGGCUAAAAAACAUAUACGAGACUCUUGUAGACAAAAAUAAAGAAAUGGAGAAGGAGCAAGGUGUAUAUAAAAAAUGAACAAAAAGUUACAGAGUAGAAUAGUAGCCACGGAGAUGUAACAAUUAGGAGAAAUAGUAGAGGAAACAAGGAUGAUAGGAUAAGAAACGGGGUAAUUAUAGAAAAGCUCGAAAACAAACAAAAUAGUUGAAAGUUGUUUAAAGAAGCAAAAAAAUACGAGAAAAGAAGAAAAGGAAAACUUGGCUUCAGCAAGUAGCAAAGAAACGGGAGAGAGUAGUGAAAACAUUACAGUAUAUGAAAGAUGUAGCAAAAGAUCGGAAAGAGUAGGAAAAAAUGUAUCAAAUGAGAAUGAAAAUUCAAAUCCCAAUAUUCUGAUGCUCGAAAGGGAUAUGGAGCUCUAGAAAAGAAGUUGAAGCAGUUUCAUUUUUCAUGAUAUCAAAUGACUUUUCAAUAUUUUCUUAAUAUUGAGAUAUCUAUCCACAACAUCAUCGUUACUAUACUUCUUUUAUUUUUUGGAGUUUUAGAUUUUAGUUCACUGAAUUAUAUUGAUGUCCUCUCUACUUUCACUUCAUAUAUAGUAACAUAUAAUAUGUAUUCGUUCUUCUCUAAUAUAUAUUAUUUAUAAUUUUUUCAGGAAAUCUCUAUUUUUUUUGCUAAGUUUUUGUUUGCUAAAUGCACAUCUCUAUGAAUAUAUAUAAAACUAGAAAUCUAUCAAUGAAGAAAACAAUUCGAGUAAAAUUUUCAAAUCUAUUUUAUAAAUGUAACCAUUUAUACUGCGAUUAGGCUGAAAAUACAAGAGCUCUGGAAAGCUUCAAAAUAUGGGCAUACGGCUAUACUAAAGAACAGGGACCGCCGAGUGGUAUUAACUUUAGAGUGAGACCAUCUUCAGAACUUCUACAACCCAAUUUAAAGUCAUCUUUCUUGAUAGGUGGUACUGGAAAGUUGACACUAUCAAUUUAAUAAACGCAAAAAUCUCUCUUUGGCAUCCAAAAGGUUAAAAGACACGGACAGAGAUGGAUGGAGGAUAUAUUCUGGUGUCCAGGGAAAUGAAAGGGGUGAAAGGGUUAGAUAAAAGUGCCGUCAAGAGUACGCUACGCUCCUGCCCAAUUCCCGUACCUGAUAAUUUCAACAUGAAAAGGAGGUGUAGCCUUCCGAACAUGUGACUGGAAAUUACCGACAUACGACACACCAAAACCCUAUUCAGAGGAUCAUUGACAGGCAGCCUCUAUCCGACUCUAAAAAAAUCAGCCGGUUGAUUACUGCGGGAGAACAAAUCGAAAUCAUCAAGGAGACAAAUCAGGACCGGAUUAAGCUAGGGGCUUUGGGGGGCUAUAGCCCCAGGCUCCAGGUCCAAGAGGGCCCCAUCAUUUGGAAAUCAUUCUGUAUUUUUUGAUGUGUUGAUACCACAAAUCUAACGUAUUGAUAUUAUUUUGUGAAUUUUUCCGGGUUUUCGAAUUCCUUAAGGGGGCCCGUCAUUAUUUUAUCCCCGGGCCUUAUAAAUCUUAAUCCGGCCCUGAGACAAAUAGUCGAAGUUAAUCAACUCCAACCCAUGAAUUGUACUUUAUAGGAUCCGGACGCAAUGGCUGAAUUGUUGAGCACCCUGCUCAGUCAGAAUCCAAAUCCAAUUUAACCUUAAUUCUUUCCUUAAAUAAAAGUUUAGUUCUGACAGUCAGGGACAACGAUUUGAUGAUGCUGAUGUCUAUAAGUCAGGUUAUAUUUUGGAAAAGACCGAAAUUAGGUUGAAACGUCAAGAGUAAUUUCUAUAAAAUAAACUUAAAAGUGAAAUAUACAUUAAAAAAUUAAUAUGUAGAUAAUUUACUAACGGUGAGGUCAGCUGUGUUAGGAACACAUUAUGAAUUGACUGAUUAAGUUACUGGUAAAUUCCGGUAAGAUAAAUAAUAUCUACCCGAUAAAUGUGUUACAGACACACACAUUAACAUAGUCUACGGAUAUUUUAAAAAAUUAAUUAUAAAACGAUAAAUUUGUGAAUAGGUUUUUUGAAUGUUUGAUCAAGUAUUAAUUUACAUUUUGGUAACAUAAUAAUUAUAAUUAAGUAAUGUCAAAAGCAUACAAUUACUACUUACGACGAAAUGACGAAAAGUAGUAUCCCUAAAUAUCUACUAAUUAAGUGAGAAUGCCUGAUAAGGCCAUUGAAUGAUCUCCUCUAGUGUUAAUGACAGUUCUACAUCUUCUUCCUUUAAAAAAAUAAUGUUCUUUCUAUUGUCUCAAAAGACUGUUAAUAAACACCUUCUGGUUAUCAAAAAUAUCAUUUUUAUGCGUAACCUUCUUUUGUAAUAUGUCGCAGAUCUGCCCAAUCGACUUGAGACCCACAGAAUGGAUGAGAGAAUCCAGUACGUCAAUUGAGUCAAAUUCUAGAAAAUUGAAUUAUUCUGGCAGAAUGUAAUAAUAGAAAUUGGAGCUCAAUUAUUGCAGCUUAUGGACAAACAACAUUGUUUUGAAUAUUGUAAAGAAACGAAAUCAGUUUUUCCACCUCUCUAUACUACCUCGAAACUAUGCACCUCCUAUGUUGUUUAAAGACGUGACACUAAUCCAUCCCGAAUUUCUAUAUUUCACUCACUCGUCUGUUAUACAAAUGAAGUUCACACCUGUAUUCGUCAUUAAACAAUUUUAACAAUACCUUUGACCAUUAAUCUAUUCUAGUUUUCGUAUUCCAGAGCCCAAUCUAACCUUACUGCGCGAUUGCCACGUGAUGUAGGUGAAACUUUUAAAGGUCUUCUAACAUGCAAAUACAAUUCUUCGUGUACGUAUUGUUAACGGUCUUGUUUUGGGUCCAUAAUGUCGUUCAGAUACAUUUUUGUCAGAGAUGAUUAAUAUCACGCCACACGCUCUGGCAAAGCACCAAAAGUCUUUUCUACAUGUUCGAUUGAAUUUUACUAAGAUAGAAAUGCUUUGUUCCUUUAAAAAACAUUCAAUAUGAAAAACUAGAAGUUUUUUAAUAUUAUUUUUAUUUGAGUUUUAUUGUAAACGCAUUUUGAAUACAUAAAAAAGUUUUUUGUUUAUAUUAUUCUGUUAGAAAAACAAAACAUUUCAAAAUUCAAAGUGAAUGUCUUUAUUCACUUUCUCCAUCAUUUAUUCCCUUCUACUUUGUAAGUAAAGUUUCUAAUUGUCAUUUAAUUGUAACACUAAGGUCAAUUAAUGAUUUGGCCGUUAGAAAAACUAAUAUUUAUAUACUAUGGUAUAAUUUUAAAUGUAAUAAAAAAACACCAAACAAAAUGAAGAAUCAAAUUUUAUCACAGAUAAACGUUCUAGAGACCAAAUAAUCGUAUCUACAAUUUUAUUAUUUAUACUAGUCGACUUGUUAACUAAAAGAAGAGGUAUUUCCACUUCUAUUUUCCAUUGUUUUUAUGAUAUUGUACGCACUCGCUGUCGAUGUCGGGGUACAUUUUCUCAUUCGAAUAAUUAUUAACAGUUGCAUUUACAUCAGCGUAACAACCGUUUGGUUUUAGUGGGUUCAGUGCGUGUUUGUUGACAACCUCGGUCGCUCACCCAAAGAAGAUAAAAAAAAGGAAAACAUAUUGCGUAGGUUUAAGUAUAUUUUUUUCAGAAUUGAUGAGAUGGAUCCAUUAGGACAUGACGAGGCAUCAAAAGAUCCCGCAGCAGAUCAUAAAAUAAAGCUUCCUCUAGACGAAAAAGAUUUUGAAGGUCAUCGCGCGCAUAGCGUAUUUAUCGGCGUCCACGUGCCCGUGGAGCGUCGACAUUCGCAUCGACGUCACCAUCAUCGUCACAAAAGUCCUGAAGGAAGUGUUAAUACUGGGCUCCAAGAAUGUCGCCCUAGUACGAUAACGUCAAGAAGAGGAUUGAGUAUUAGCGAAGAACCCCAAAUGUGCACUCCUCCAUCUCAAAGAGUGCAGUUCAUCCUUGGAGAAGAUGCGACAGACGAAAAACAUGAAAUUCACCCUCUCUUCUCCGAAAUGGAGGAGUUGGUGGGAGACGGAGACGAAAUGGAGUGGAAAGAAACCGCCAGGUGGAUCAAGUUCGAAGAAGAUGUUGAAGAAGGAGGAAACAGAUGGUCCAAACCACACGUAGCUACAUUAUCCUUACAUUCCUUAUUUGAACUAAGAAGUUUAUUACUAAAUGGAACGGUUAUUUUGGAUAUGGAGGCAAAUUCAAUCGAACAAAUUUCAGAUUUGGUAUUGGAUAAUAUGAUAAAUAAUAACAGUUUGCCUUUCGAUAAAAAAGGAAAAGUGAAGGAAGCUUUGAUGAAGAGGCACCGGCAUCAACAUCAGACAAAGAACCACACGUUGCCUUUUAUUAGGUCAUUUAACGAAACUAAAAAUCAUUCUUCUUCGAAGAUUGAUGAACAUUUUAGUGACUAUUCUUCUGGGAAAGAAUCUGGAAAGUUUUUAGGAGUCCCUGGACAGGAUAAAUCUAUAAAGAAAAGUGCAAGCUAUGUAUCAAUACACAGAAAUCACAGUUCUGGGGAUCUCUCCGAAGUUCAACACAACUUAGCGUUUAUGAAAAAGAUUCCAACGGGUGCAGAGGCGAGUAACAUUCUUGUAGGGGAAGUUGGAUUUUUAGAAAAAACUUUAUCAGCUUUUGUUAGACUUAAUACAGCCACUAUUUUGGGGGAUUUGACUGAAGUUCCAGUGCCAACUAGAUUUUUAUUCAUCCUUCUCGGUCCUUUAUCAACUUCUUCUAGCUACCAUGAAAUUGGUAGAGCCAUGGCGACACUGAUGUCAGAUGAGGUGUUCCAUGAGGUAGCAUACCGAGCACGUAAUAGAAGUCAUUUAUUAGCUGGUGUAGAUGAAUUUCUUGAUGCAGUAACAGUAUUACCACCCGGAGAAUGGGAUCCUGCUAUAAGAAUAGAACCACCGGCAGCCAUACCUUCUCAAGAUGCUAGAAAAAGACCACCUGAAAAAAUGAUGGAAGAAAUAGAUGAGGAAGAACAAGAACAAAUACAAAGAGCUGAAGCUGGAUUGGCUAGAACUGGAAUAUUAUUCGGAGGUUUAAAGAAUGAUAUCAAAAGAAAAGUGCCAUUUUAUUUAUCAGAUUUUAAAGAUGCUUUUUCUACUCAAUGUAUCGCUUCUUGGAUAUUCCUUUAUUUUGCUUGUCUUUCACCUAUUAUAACAUUUGGAGGUCUUCUCUCUGAAGCAACUGGUAAAAAUAUGGCAGCAAUGGAAUCGUUGGUAUCUGGAUUCGUUUGUGGUGUUGGAUACGGAUUAUUCUCCGGACAACCUUUGUCUAUUUUAGGAUCUACAGGACCAGUAUUAGUAUUCGAAACGAUAGUUUUUGAUUUCUGUUAUACCAUGAAAUGGGAUUACAUGUCAUUUAGAUUUUGGAUAGGAACAUGGACUGCUAUUAUUCUAUUGAUAUUGGUAGCAAUUGAUGCAAGUGCAUUCGUUUGCUAUAUUACUAGGUUUACUGAAGAGAACUUCGCUACUCUGAUAGCUUUCAUUUUUAUUUACAAGGCUGUGGAAAACGUGUGGGCAAUAGGGAAGAAGUUUCCAAUAACGGUGGACGUAAAUAAUAUAAAUAUGGAAUGUUCUUGUACUUGGAACGAUUCUAUAUCUUCAUCGUUGUCAAAUUUUUCAAAUACUGCUACGGUUAAUCAAACAUUAUGUCAGCAAUUGAAUGGUACACUAUCUGAAGGCUGUUUCACUCCACCAUAUUCUCCGGAUAUAUUUUUAAUGUCAGUUCUACUGUUUCUUGGUACUUUCGUCAUUUCAAUCCAAUUGAAAGACUUCAAAAAUGCUCUCUACUUUCCAUCCAAAGUACGUCAAUUUAUUAGUGACUUUGCAGUCAUAAUAGCAAUAUGUUCCAUGACCCUUUUAGAUUACUAUGUCAGCAUUCCAACUCCAAAACUUGAAGUUCCUCAUGAGUUAAAACCUACCCUUCCAGGAAGGGGAUGGAUAAUAGCACCAUUUAAUCAUAAUCCUUUCUACACCGUAUUUGUGGCGAUACCACCAGCUCUAUUAGGUACUAUCCUAAUAUUCAUGGAUCAACAGAUUACUGCUGUCAUUGUCAAUAGAAAAGAGUUCAAACUCAAAAAAGGUUGUGGUUACCACUUAGAUCUCUUUGUUUUGGCGAUUCUCAUCGAAAUAUGUUCUGUUAUGGGUCUACCAUGGUUCGUAGCAGCAACAGUACUCUCUAUAACACAUGUACAUUCUCUUAAACUGGAAUCAGAAUGUGCAGCUCCGGGGGACAAGCCUCAAUUUUUGGGUGUAAGAGAACAGAGGGUCACUCAUAUCUUGAUAUUUGCAUCAAUAGGUUUAUCAGUAUUUUUGACACCUAUGUUGGGUCAUAUACCUAUGCCCGUUUUGUUUGGAGUAUUUUUAUACAUGGGCAUUUCUUCAUUAAAAGGACUACAAUUCUUUGACAGGAUACGAAUUAUGUUAAUGCCUAACAAGUAUCAACCGGAUUUUAUGUUUUUAAGACAGGUACCCAUCAAAAAGGUUCAUCUCUUCACAAUCAUCCAAUUAACCUGUUUAAUUUGCCUCUGGAUGGUGAAAUCUUUCAGCCAGACUUCAAUAUUAUUUCCUCUAAUGUUGGUAGUGAUGAUUGGGAUCAGAAAAUCUUUAGAUUGGAUCUUCACAAGACGAGAGCUCAGGAUUCUCGACGAUGUUAUGCCAGAAAAUAAUAAAAUAUAUCAAUUGGAUGAUGAAGAGGAAAGAUCGGGAAAAAAUCCAAUAGAGAUCCAAAAAAAAUCUGGAAAUUUGAAAAUUCCCUUAGCCAACGGAAAUGUUAUGAAUAUACCUUUAUCUGCAAUUAAUAUUUCCGAAGAAGUGGAUAAAACAGGUAUAUGGAAACAUGUGAAUGAUUGCCAAAGUCAAGAAAAAGUAAAAAAGAAGAGUCCCAGGAGUAAAACUAAGUUUAAAAAGAAGAAACCUGGACGAAAAGAGGAAAAAAUUAUCAAAGAUGAAAAGCUGGAGAAAAGACUGUCGACUUGUCAAGAAGAGGACGAGGGUUUCAUCAUAAAGGUGACAGACACGUCUCUUCAUAUUUAAAUCUAAAUAUACAUUAGACAUCAACACAGUAUACACUAUUUCAUAUAAACUGUAAGUAGAAGCUAAUUAUAACUGAACAUAUCAUCAUAAUAUCAAAACUAUUUAAUUUCUUUCUCUUACCAUAGUUUUGAACUAGAAGAAUUUAAAAAAAAUAAAAAUCCUCCAUUUUUAAUUUAACAAUACUUUGUUUUAUUAAAAAGCUGAAUGGAUAUUGACCUGACUUCGUUCCAAGUAAAUUAUAAUUACAAAAAAUUUUCAUGUAAAUAAUUAAUAUUUCUCUAUAAAUUUUAUACAAUUCCUCAUUUCUGGGUUAUUUUAAAAAAUCAUUGCAUGCCCCCAUUGUUUUGUUCACUUUUGGUUUUUAAAUUGAAAAAUAUGUUUUUUCUUUUUUAUAAAUAUAUACAUUGUGAAAUUUGGUUAUAAUGGUUUUAAACCACCACAAAUUGUUUUUCUUGUAUUUAAGUAAACUAUUACAUGUACAUGAGUACUUAGCUUCAAUUGCUUAUUAUAAUAAUAAUAAUAAUAAUAGCAUUCGUGAUCGUGGCCGUCAAAAAACUGCAGAGAGUUCAAUAAAAUUUUGAUUUAAACAAAACAAUUAGGACAUGCGAUAAAAUUAAAAGCUUAACAACACAAUUUUAUUUCAUUUUUCAGAAUCCCUAAAUAAACUCAUUAGAUGAAACGUUGAGGAGGUCCAUAUUCAAAUCAUACGACUGACGACUAAAUUCAUCCAUUCCAGUAUUAUAUCAACAGUUUUUUACAUAAAAAAUAUAUUUUAAUACCCUUGAUACGGUUUCCUUUAAAAAACAUUUAGGUAAUAGAGAAAUUAGUUAAAUAUAGUCAAUGUAUUAGUUUUCUUUUUCUAUAACUUAUAUCUCAAAAAUCUAUGGAUUUGUGUGUGUACUAGUUAAUAAUCACUUUAAACAAUUUUGAAAAUUAGCUUUAUUUUUUUUUCAAAUUCCACUGGAAAAUUCACAAAAAAUCCCAAACGUUUUCUUGCUUCUAGUCUUUUAGUUGCUUGUCUACGUCUGCUGUUCAAUAAUUUGAAUCCUAACAUGAAGAAAACAAUAUGUUGAUUCAGUUUUGGCGUUUCUUUAUCCCCCAAAUGUCGGUAUCGUCAGCUUAUUUAAUAUCCUAGACCGAAAUUUGGUCUAAGAAUCGUGCAAAGUAUAAAAAUGCUUCCACUGGGAAAAUUUUUUACUCCUAAGUCCUCUAAACUAGAUAAAUAUGUAUAUCUAGAAAUUUUAUGGAAUUUGACAUCAAUACAUUACCUCAUUAGGAUAUUGUUAUAUAAGAUUUGUCCUCAGCGAAGGUUUUUCAAAGAUUUUAUGAAAAAGGCUGUAAAUAUAUCAAAAUAUUCUGUACAUUCGCAUAUCUGUAGGUUUAACUUUGGUAUUUGUAUUACCAUUAUAUUUUAUAAACAAUAUUAUCAAAUAUGUGUAAAAUAAAAAACAAUAUAAGAAGCAA